UCCUGCCUAUCUCUGAAAUGCAGUUAACACAUCAGCUGGACUUAUUUCCCGAAUGCAGAGUGACCCUUCUCUUAUUCAGAGAUGUGAAAAAUGCUGGUGACUUGAGGAAAAAAGCCAUGGAAGGCAGUAUUGAUGGGUCAUUAAUAAAUCCUACAGUGAUUGUCGAUCCAUUUCAGAUACUUGUAGCAGCAAACAAAGCAGUUCACCUCCACAGACUGAGAAAAAAGAAGACAAGAACUUUAUCUACUGAAAUUAUUUUCAACCUUUCCCCAAAUAACAAUAUUUCAGAGGCUUUGAAGAAAUUUGGUAUUUCAGCAAAUGACACUUCAAUUCUGAUUGUUUACAUAGAAGAAGGAGAAAAACAAAUAAAUCAAGAGCACCUGAUAUCCCAAGUAGAAGGCCACCAGGUUUCUCUGGAAACUCUUCCUGAAUUAACCAAUAUUACAGAAGUCAAAAAGGUUGGUAGAUCAUUACCUUUAGGAAGAGUGUGA